UGGUUAGGGUAGCUAGGACAUCCAGAAGUGUAUUCAGCUUCGAUAUUUUUCAUGCUGGAGUUUGUAUGGUCGUAAGUCUUGACUUGGAGAAAAAGAAAAGAAUGAUACAUAGAAUCAGAAGGAAGAGUUGCUGAAACCCUAAACUGCCUCUCUUCACCUGACUGGAUCUGGACCUGUGAGGGAAAUAAAAGUGUCAGGUGACUAUUUCGUUGAUAAUUUUUCAAAAUGACUCAAGAUGUUGAGAUGAAAGAUCACACAACCCCUUCGCAUUCUGUUUCUUCAGCUGUUCCAUCUACUCUGCAGCAUUUGAAGGAGAUAGCAUCCCUUAUUGAGACCGGUUCGUACUUUAAGGAGGUUCGUAGAAUUGCUCGUGCUGUUCGCCUUACAAUUGCGUUGAGGCGCAAAUUGACAGCAUCGGUGCUCUUAUCUUUUAUCGAUUAUGUUGCUUGUCCGGGUUCUGAACCUCACGCCAGAUUGUCUGUCUAUCUUCCCGAGGAAGAUUCUCAUGAGAUGGAAGUAGAAACGGCAACAUCUAUUGUUCAACCCUCAGCUAAGCACUUAUUGCCUGAGAUAGAGAUGUACUGUUACUUGCUCGUUCUACUUUUUCUGAUUGAUCAGAAGAAAUAUAAGGAGGCCAAAGCUUGUUCCUCAGCAGGCAUUGCCCGGGUGAAGAACCUUAACAGAAGAACUGUUGAUGUUAUCGCAUCCAGAUUGUGCUUUUAUUAUUCAUAUAUUCAUGAACUCACUGGAGAUCUUGCAGAAAUUCGGGGUAACCUUCUUGCAUUGCACCGGAUUGCCACCCUUCGCCAUGAUGAGCUUGGUCAGGAAACACUUCUUAAUUUGUUACUUCGUAACUACCUCCACUACAACCUGUAUGAUCAGGCGGAGAAGUUGAGGUCUAAGGCACCACGAUUUGAAGCACAUUCAAACCAGCAGUUCUGUCGAUAUCUCUUCUAUCUGGGGAAAAUUCGGACAAUUCAGUUGGAGUACACUGAUGCAAAAGAGUCUCUCCUACAAGCUGCUCGAAAAGCUCCAGUAGCAGCGCUUGGUUUUCGUAUUCAGUGUAAUAAGUGGGCUGUAAUGGUGCGUUUGCUGUUGGGAGAAAUACCUGAGAGGACCAUGUUCAUGCAAAAAGGAAUGGAGAAAGCUUUGAGGCCGUACUUUGACCUUACAAAUGCUGUUCGAAUUGGAGACCUGGAGCUAUUUAGGAAUGUUGCAGAUAAGUUCGCUACUACUUUUAGUGCUGAUGGAACUCAUAAUUUGAUUGUUAGGUUGCGUCACAAUGUCAUCAGGACUGGUUUACGGAACAUUAGCAUUUCUUAUUCUCGUAUCUCGCUUGCUGAUGUGGCACAAAAAUUAAGGUUAAACUCUGCAAAUCCCGUUUCAGAUGCUGAGAGCAUUGUAGCCAAGGCCAUCAGAGAUGGUGCAAUUGAUGCAACAUUGGACCAUGGUAAUGGGUGUAUGGUAUCUAAGGAAACGGGAGAUGUAUACUCCACUACUGAGCCUCAAUUGGCUUUUAAUUCUCGUAUUGCCUUCUGUCUCAACAUGCAUAAUGAGGCCAUCCGUGCGCUGCGUUUCCCGCCAAACACACACAAUGAGAAGGAAAGCGCUGAGAAGCGAAGAGAAAGGCAGCAGCAGGAGCAAGAACUAGCUAAGCACAUUCAAGAGGAGGAGGAUGAUGAUUUCUGAGAAUGAUCGUGUUCUAGUCAUCUCAGUUGUUGUCAGGGUAUUCAUUUCUAACUCUGCUCUUAUUUCUCCCUCGGACGAGGUCCAUAAUUUCUAUUAACAUAGAAGAUGGAAUUCUGUCCUUGGUUGAUCUGGCAAAUGUUGAAAACUUCUCUGUUUUGCUUCUAUUCAUGGUGAUAAACUAUGAUUAUCUGUUCGCUUUUGCUCUGUGAGGUUGAAGGUAUCUGAAACUUGAUUCAAUUUGCUCCAA